CACCAUGGCUGACCUCAAGCAAGACCCUCCGGCGCUUGCCCCUGAAUCUGACGAAGAAGAGGACCUUGACCAUGACAAAAUCACCUUGCUUCCUGGCUCCUCCCAGGACGGCACUGCUGCCUCCUUUCAGAUCCUCGACGAAGACCAUACCUUGGGCAAUCCUCUCAGAUACCUCAUCAUGAAGAACCCUCAGGUCGAGUUCUGCGGCUACUCCAUCCCCCAUCCCUCUGAGCAGAAGCUCCAUCUCAGAAUACAGACCUUUGGCUCCAUCUCUGCUGUCGACGCUCUCUACAAGGGUCUCGAUGACUUGAUCGAUCUCUGCAACCACGUCGAGCAAAAAUUUACCCAAAAGGUCUCCAACAACGAUUACUCCAUCGUCGAGCCCUGAUUGCUUCACUCAAUUUCACCUGCUUCUACAUCAUAUACAUUUCUAUACUAUUAUCUAUGAUUUUAUCUUUAAUACUAUUCCCAACAUUACAAUUGUUCAUCACUCUAUCGCUUUUUUUUUCCAUCCGGAUGUAGGAUGUAUCUACUGUGUUUUUUUUACUAUUUUUUUUUCUUUUUC